CUCCCACGGUCCCACUCCUCAGGAGCGUCCAGAGUUUAGGUGCUCGUGGAGUCGUGGUGGAGGUGGUAGGUGUCGAUGGCCUUCAAGCUGGCCACCAAGGCCGCGGCGGCGUCGCCCGCUGCUGCUCACCGCGGGGGUCUCGCCCGGGGGCCGGAGGGUACGAGCCGCGUUGCCUUCGGACCAGCGCCUAGAAACAAGGGGCUCCGCGCGGCCAACAACUCCGCGACGCCCGUGGCUAAGGAAGAGAGGGUUGAUCGAAGUGAAAUAUUGACAUUGGAUAGCAUUAGACAAGUUUUGAUUAGACUAGAAGACAGCAUCAUAUUUGGCCUUUUGGAGAGAGCACAGUUUUGUUACAAUGCUGAUACAUAUGAUAGCAAUGCUUUCCACAUGGAUGGUUUUGGCGGCUCUUUGGUUGAAUAUAUGGUUAGAGAAACUGAAAAGCUCCAUGCACAGGUUGGGAGAUACAAGAGCCCAGAUGAGCACCCUUUCUUUCCUGAGGAUCUGCCUGAGCCCCGGUUGCCACCUAUGCAGUACCCAAGGGUUUUGCAUCCCAUUGCUGAUUCUAUCAAUAUCAACAAAGAGAUUUGGAAAAUGUAUUUUGAUGAACUUCUUCCAAGAUUGGUGAAAAAAGGAAGUGAUGGUAAUGCUGGAUCCAGUGCUCUUUGUGACACGACCUGCUUGCAGGCGCUCUCCAAAAGGAUCCACUAUGGGAAGUUUGUGGCAGAGGCUAAGUUUCAGGAGUCCCCGGAAGCUUACAUGCCAGCCAUAAUAGCUCAGGACCGUGAUCAACUCAUGCACCUUCUCACAUAUGAAACGGUGGAGCGUGCUAUCGAACAUAGGGUGGAAGCCAAAGCCAAGAUCUUCGGGCAAGAGGUGAACAUCGGUGUGGAGGACAACGGCAGCCCACCGGUGUACAAGAUCGUUCCGAGCUUGGUCGCCGAGCUGUACAGCUACAGAAUCAUGCCGCUAACCAAAGAGGUUCAAAUCGCGUAUUUGCUUAGGAGGCUGGAUUGAGUAUGUUUAUGUAGAUGUAAAUUGCCAGAUCAGAACUCCUGGCGUUAAGCCAGAACAUUGGUAAAUACCGGUUUUGGUGUCAGGAUGCAAAAUGUACCAUGUGUGGAAUUGUGCCAACAAACAAGCAUAAUAUCAUGUGGAGUUGUCGAGUAGUCGCGCCUCGUGCGUACUGCCAAUGGACAAUGUUUGUAGACUGUAUGGAAUGAUGGGUCACUUCCUUUGGCGGGUGCCCUUUUGAAAGGGAGUAAAAUUCUCUCAUUGUCGUUGAAAUUUAUACAGAUCCGCUCAAGUGCCAUCGAAAUUUUCAACUU